AAUCAGUUCAGUUUCAAUUGAGUCACAAGAUAUUUUAUAGUACACAAAAAUGACUAACAAUUUUUUUUUUUUUCAACAACGCAUUGGAAACCAAAAAAAUUUAAACAGCGUUUAGAACAAUUGAUAGAUUGUGAUUUGACUAGGUAUAAAUACAGUGUAUGCUAAUACAUAGACUUAUCGGGAGAAGAAUAGUAAUCAAUACCGUUCAUCAGUUCACGAGAAGGUCAUCUAUUAUCGAUUGGAAACGAGCAUAUUCUUCAAAGUUUAUCAACAUGAGUGAAGAAACAAGUACUACUGCAAGUUCAAUUGCAACCCCAACUCCAACUAAUGAAGAAACUCCAAUUAAGGAAAAAUCCGCUAAGGAAUUAGAAAGAGAACGUAAGAAGGCUGAAAAAUUAGCCAAGUUUGAAGCUAAGAAAGCUAAACAAGCUACUGCUCCAAAAUCAAAUGGUGAUGAAUCAAAGAAACCAAAGAAGGAAAAGAAACAAGCUGAACCAAUUCCUGAAUUCAUUGAUAAAACCGUUCCUGGUGAAAAGAAGAUCUUAGUGUCAUUAGAUGAUCCAUCUCUUGCUGCUUAUAAUCCAAAGAAUGUUGAAAGUUCAUGGUAUGAAUGGUGGAAUAAACAAGGUUUAUUUGAACCUGAAUUCACUGAAUCAGGAGAAAUAAAACCAGAAGGUGCUUUCACUAUUCCUGCUCCUCCACCAAAUGUUACUGGUGCUUUACAUAUUGGACAUGCUUUAACUGUUUCUAUUCAAGAUACUUUAAUUAGAUACAAUAGAAUGAAAGGUAAGACUACUCUUUUCAUUCCAGGUUUCGAUCAUGCUGGUAUUGCAACUCAAUCUGUUGUUGAAAAACAAAUUUGGAGUAAUGAAAAGAAAACUAGACAUGAUUAUGGUCGUGAAAAAUUCAUUGAAAAAGUUUGGGAUUGGAAAGAUGAAUAUCAUAAAAGAAUUAGUGGUCAAGUUAAAAGAUUAGGAGCUUCUUAUGAUUGGUCAAGAGAAGCUUUUACUUUAAGUCCAGAAUAUAGUACUGCUGUUGUGGAAAAUUUCGUUAAAUUACAUGAAGAUGGUACUCUUUACCGUGCUAAUAGAUUAGUUAAUUGGUGUGUUAAAUUAAACACUGCUAUUUCUAAUUUAGAAGUUGAUAAUAAAACUAUCCCAGGUAAAACUUUAUUAUCAGUUCCAAAUUAUGAUAAUAAAAUUGAAUUUGGGGUUAUUACUUCAUUUUCUUAUCAAGUUGAAAAUUCUGAUGAAAAAUUAACUGUGGCUACUACCAGACCUGAAACUAUGUUUGGUGAUACUGGUAUUGCCGUUCAUCCAAAUGAUCCAAGAUAUACUCAUUUACAUGGUAAAUACGUUAUACAUCCAUUCAUCAAUAGAAGAAUACCAAUCAUCACUGAUGCUGAAGCUGUUGAUAUGGAAUUCGGUACUGGUGCAGUUAAAAUCACUCCAGCUCAUGAUCAAAAUGAUUAUGAUACUGGUAAAAGAAACAAUUUAGAAUUCAUUAAUAUUUUCACUGAUGAUGGGUUAUUAAAUGAAAACUGUGGUUCUGAAUGGGUUGGUGUUAAAAGAUUUGAUGCCAGAGCUAAAGUUAUUGAAGCUUUAAAAGCCAAAGAUUUAUUUGUUGAAUCUAAAGAUAAUGAAAUGACCAUUCCAACUUGUUCAAGAUCAGGUGAUGUCAUUGAACCAUUAUUAAAACCUCAAUGGUAUGUUAAUCAAAAAGAAAUGGCUAAAGCUGGUAUUGCUGCUGUUAAAAGUGGUGAAGUUACUAUUACUCCUAAAUCAUCUGAAGCUGAAUUUUUCUAUUAUUUAGAAAAUAUUCAAGAUUGGUGUAUUUCUCGUCAAUUAUGGUGGGGUCAUAGAUGUCCAGUUUAUUUCGUUAAUAUUGAAGGUGAAGAAAAUGAUAAAUUAGAUAAUACUUAUUGGAUCUCAGGUAGAACUGAAGAAGAAGCUUUAGCUAAAGCCAAACAACAAUUCAAAGAUGUUAAAUUCACUUUAGAACAAGAUGAAGAUGUCUUAGAUACUUGGUUUUCAUCUGGUUUAUGGCCAAUUGCCACUUUAGGAUGGCCAAAUGUUGAUUCACCUGAUUAUAAAAAAUUUGCUCCAUUAUCAAUGUUAGAAACUGGUUGGGAUAUUUUAUUCUUUUGGGUUACUAGAAUGAUUUUAUUAUCAUUAAAAUUAACUGGUAAAAUCCCAUUUAAGGAAGUUUUCUGUCAUUCCUUAGUUCGUGAUGCUCAAGGUCGUAAAAUGUCUAAAUCAUUAGGUAAUGUUAUUGAUCCAUUAGAUGUUAUUAAUGGUAUUUCUUUACAAGCUUUACAUGAUAAAUUAAGAGUGGGUAAUUUAGAUCAAAAAGAAUUGAAGAAAGCUGAAGAAGGUCAAAAGCAAUCAUAUCCAGAUGGUAUUCCAGAAUGUGGUACUGAUGCUUUAAGAUUUGCUCUUUGUGCUUAUAGUACUGGUGGUAGAGAUAUUAAUUUAGAUAUUUUGAGAGUUGAAGGUUACAGAAAAUUCGGUAAUAAGAUUUAUCAAGCUACUAAAUUCGUUUUAGGUAGAUUAGGUGAAGAUUAUGUUCCACCAACUCAUAAAGGAUUAUCAGGUAAAGAAUCAUUAGUUGAAAAAUGGAUUUUACAUAGAUUAAAUGAAGCUGCUAAGAAUACUAAUUCUGCUUUAGAAAGACGUGAUUUUGGUGAAUCAACUAAUCAUAUUUAUAACUUUUGGUAUGAAUUAUGUGAUGUUUAUAUUGAAAAUUCUAAAUCAUUAAUUCAAGAUGGUACUCCUGAACAAAAGAAAUCAGCUCAAGAUACUUUAUAUAUUUGUAUUGAUAAUGCUUUAAGAUUAAUUCAUCCAUAUAUGCCAUUUAUUUCAGAAGAAAUGUGGCAAAGAUUACCAAGAUAUGAAGAACAAAAACAAAGUAAAAAGACUAUUUCAAUUGUUACUGCCAAAUAUCCUGAAUAUCAAUCUGAAUAUGAUGAUAUUAAAUCAUAUGAAGCUUAUGAAUCUGUUUUAGAAAUCACUAAAGGUGCUAGAUCAUUAUUAGCUCAAUAUAUUAUUUUAAAGAAUGGUCAAGUUUAUGUUGAAACUUCAAAUGAAAAAUUAUAUGAUAUUAUUGUUGAUCAACAUGAUUCUAUUGUAUCAUUAAUUAAAGGAGUGGAAAAGAUUUAUAUUGUGAAGACUAAAGAAGAAAUUCCAAAGGGUUGUGCAUUACAAGCCAUUGGACCAGAUUUAACUGUUCAUUUAUUAAUUAAGGGACAAAUUGAUAUUGAUUCUGAAAUUAGUAAAGUUGAUAAAAAAUUAGGAGCUGCUAAUGAAUUUUUAAAGAAACAAAAUGAAUCAAUUAGUAAAUUUACUGAUAAGACUAAAGUAGAAGCUAAAGAAGCUGCUUUUAAGAGAUUAGAAAAAUUAACAGCUGAAAUCGAAGGUUAUGAAAAGACCAUUUCUAUUUUAGAACAAUUGAAACUUUAAGUAUCGUAGUAAGUUGUUAGAUUUUGUUAGAACCCAUAUUUGUAAAUAAAUAAAUGAUAAAUUAUUAAAAUAAUCCAUGUGUCGCAAAAACUAUGUCGAAAAAUGUUUGUCGAAAAUCAUUUGUCGCAUUUUCAAUGCUUUUUGGACAAAAUUUCAUGACAUCGUUUACGGACUGCAUAUAACGGAGUGUUUCGAUUCAUGUUUUGAAGAAGAUGACAUUGUUUGUGUUUAUAUUAUUAUUAUUUUUAAUUUUGUACAACUUGAUAUUACGUAUCAUAACUAAAACAGGUAGACGACGAACGUUCGUCGACAACAUGUACUUGACAGCUAAAGUUCAAUUGACAGAAUUGAUUGAACAAAAGUUGUAAUAGUUAUAGUUAUAGUUUAUAGGUGAUUAGCCACGCUUUUACUUUUGCAUUCACGAAUUUCAUUCAUUAAUGCUUUAUCGCCCU